AUGGCAGCACAAUCCUCCUCCUCCCCUUCUGUUUCCACUGACGCACUGCCCAUCCAGGAACAACAACUCCAACUCCCCCAAGGCCAAUUCAUCCCUGCCCUGGUUCAGCCGUCCAUCGAUACAAUCGAUCUUCCCAGUGAUACUUCUUCCUUCCCUCUCCCUAUCCAGAAACGCGCCGACCCUAUCUCAACCACCACCGCUACCCCUACUAUAUCAACCACCGCCGCUACCUCCACAAAGUCCAAACCUUCCAAAACGGCAAGCACACAAUCAGGCAUGGCAACUAUCUCUGGCACCCCAACAGCGGCUGUGCAACCUACCAUGACCCCCGACAGCAAGGGUGACACGGCCUUGUUUGGCAAGCCCUCUGUUAUUGGCGCCUUCAACCUGACCACCGGAAUUCUGAUCUACUCAGCUUUCAUGAUCCUGUUCCUGAGCGCCAUCGGAUUCGCAACCUACCAGCGUGCCCAGUACAGGAACCAGUUCCGUCUCCAGCAAAAGCUCAACAUGGAAGGCGGUAGAACUACGCCAGGCGCUGGUGGAUCCAAGCGCGGUGGCGGUGAAGAUCUCAGCGAUGCGGCCUUGUUCAAGCAGGCAUCUAUCAGCAAGCGGGCUUUGAUGAAGGAUGUCGGACCAGGAGGCGUCUUGGCUGCCAACGAAGCCAUGAAGACCAAGAUUGCAUCUGCCAAUGGCGCAGGACGAUCCUACGACGAGCGAGAGAUGGCCAACGGUCUGGGACAACAGUCUUCUGGAAUGGGCGUCCGCUUUGGCGAGAGCACCGGUGCUACCCAGGGCAGCACUGGACGGACAGGAGGCAUGAAGAAGACCACCCAGGCCUACGAGAUGAACAGCUACGGACAUACCGAGGACGCCAUGAGCUAUUAUCAGGACAACCACGACACUACCGACUAUAGUCGUCCACCCCUGACGGAAUCGGCAGACCCAUAUUACUCCUCUGGAAGUUCUAAUUCUGGCUAUCUGGAUCAAGUCGAAGACUACCACUACAACCCCGCUGGAGGCAGCAGCCCCCAGAUGCCCAAACCCUCGUACCAACAAACCUCCAACUCCAACGUUGCUUCCCCUCAGCCUGGCCAAUCGCCUCUUUUUGUCCAGCGUACCAACUCGAGCCGCAUGCCCAAGGGAGACUUGCACGAUGGCAACAACCUCUUCAGGAGUAACUCUGGACGCCGUGCUGGAGCUUCGACUCCAACACGAGGACUGGAGCGCAAUGGUUCUGGCGGUCAGCCUUCCCGGAUAGUCACUCAGGGACACUUAGAUCGCUCAGGAUCUGGUGGAAACGGAUAUACUGGAACGACUUCGCCCAUAUCGCCCCACGCUGAUGGAAAUGCCAUGUCCCGCUCAGGAAGCAAUGCCAGCUCGGGCCGCACCAAGGUUUCGCCUAGCCCAGUGCAGAUGCACCCUACUCCCAUCGCCCGAUCCAACAGCACACGGUUACCCCCUUCGAUGCGUGGAGGCGCUCCCCAGCCUUCGAAUCUUAGUCAAGCCAACAACUAUGACUACAUGUAA